GCGCUGGGACGAGAGCGCCAUUCUGAACGACGAAGGCACAGCGCCGAUUCCAAAACGAGGCCCACGCUGCAGCGGGAGCACCAUUUUGAAACACCGAACAGUCGGAUCGCACAAACACAUGAGAAGCAUCACCUGUUGAUAUCCUGCGUGACAAAACGGUGUGGACCCGCUGGCGACGCCAGAGUUUCCGGGUCCCCCUCCUGCUCCUGAUGUUGCCAGUGUUGCUGCCCCAUCUCGGAGGCAACGUGGUGUCCCUCCACAAGAAGUACAACUGCAUUGACUACUCAGCCGACUGGCGGUGCCCGCUGUCCUGCGGGAACGACACCGUGAUCGCCCAUUUCACGGGAACGCCCAAGCCCACCAGGCAGAGCCCGAUCAAUCUGGAGUGGGUGCGCUCUCUGAACGGGAGUGCCCGCUGUGUCCACACCAAUCGCGGCUGCUGCGGCUUUUGGCCGCAGUUCUUCUGCGACAUGAAGAGGAGCCUCCCACAGCUGAGCGUCCGCUUGCAGCACUCGCUGAACGAGACUGGCGACUGCCUAGUUGAGGGGACGGCGCUGUAGGCUUGCACCCGACUCGAUCCAGAGUUCAAAUGGAUUUGCACCCAGGUCCGAUCUUGUAUGCUUAGAGUCCGAGCAGGGUUACCUGCUGUGGGCACGUGUUGCCCGCGUCUCACCAGGCUUGUCAAUAAUUGUUUGCUCGCCUGCUAAGACACGCCUGAACUCCCAGGGCCCAUUCUCCAGCAGCUCAGCCAAGGAACCCUGGAGUCGAAGGAGCCGAGGAAAAAGG